AUGGACCCGAUAACCUCGCCUCAAUCUGGAGAGGAUGGGCCAGACCUUGGCCAACGAACCGUCCGAAACCGAAAAUGCUCGCUGUACGCGUCUCGCGUCAAGCCUUUUACCGCCGAGAGUAGCAUGCCGACGGACACACCACAAAUUCCGGACGUGCCGUCGUUACCCAUGCCGUCGUUGCCCAUGUCGCCGCCUCGUUGGGAUUCCCUUGCGCAUGGACCGCACCUGUUGAAUCAAAGUAAUCCAACAGCUGCGCCAAGCACUGCGCCAAUCGUAUCACCCGAGGUCUCACCAAUCCAAUCAAUUCCCAUCUUGGCCGGCUCGGUCACAAUACCCACAACACCGAAACCUGGAAGCAUCAUCACCGGAACGUCAGAGCCACGGAGCGAAUCGCCGUCGCGUUCCCUGAAGGGAAAGACAUCACUGGCUGACAUGCGUUCAGCUGAGAGCUCUCCAGUGAUUGAAAACUUCUCCAGACCGCGAAAGCAAAGCAUUCGACAGAAUGGACCACCUGAAGCCAUGCCCGGAGCAGAGACUCUCAAGCCACCACGUUUGGCAAACCUGGCAGCACCUGGAAGCCGUGCGUAUGACUUGUCCAACCCCCUACCGCAAACGCCACCCUGGCAAAGGCCACCGCGGCGUCCUUCAGAGUCAUCUGUCAAAUCGACUUGUGUACUCGCCUCCCCUUUGCCUCACCAAGCCGUCGAUUACGGGGAGCCAAGGUCCCACCGUGCCCGGAAUGUCACUGGCCCACCGGCGCUUGCGCCUUCUCGGGCACCAUGGCUCGGUGGGGAUGAGCUGCGCUGCAGCUUCAGAUCCCAGCUCACUGCUUCAACUACCCCUGGCACUGCAGUUACAGAACGCAGCAGCGUUCUCACAAAGGGCAGCUCUGUCACCUCUCUCGAAAAUCCCGACGAACCCAGCUUGGAAGAUGUUAUGGGCAUGUACGAAAAGGGCUUCGCUGACGACGAGGACGAUGACAACAACGAUGGCAAUUUCGAGAGGCACCAGAGCGAGCCCGACAUGAGCACGAGGCCAAUACCUGCCGUCUUAGAACCAGAAAUGCGACUAUCCCCAACUGCUUGCGAUUUCCCCCCCGACGCCGAAAUUAGGCAGUCCAAGAUGAUUUUUACCAGCUCGGCUUUUACAUCCUCAGUCGCUGCCAUUAGCGGCGGCAAGGCCGACGUGGAUGCGACAGAAAAGCGUGAUUCCGCAAAGUCACUGGACUCUGAGCCUUCUGCUGCAUCAAGUCCUGUUGCUCCCAUUGACAGGGGGUCGCAGCCGACCAUUUUAACCCGUUCCUCUCCUUCGCCAACUCCGUCACCUACCGCCACGGCUGCGUCCCCUGCAUUCGCAUCCAUUGCCGUUGAACCCGAGGAUCCCGGGUCGAGAGAUCGGUAUGGUUUUAAAAAGGCCAAUCAGUCAGUCACGAGGGAGCAGUAUGAUUCAUGGAACCAAGAAUAUUCAGUGUACCUCGCCCGUCGUCGACGGAAAUGGGUGGGCUAUCUCAAGGAUUGCGCUCUGAUGACAGAAAGACCUAAUCGAUUCCCAUCGCCCUGCGCCAAGACGAAGCGAUUCGUACGGAAAGGCAUUCCGCCCGAUUGGCGGGGCGCCGCGUGGUUUUAUUACGCCGGAGGUCCUGCCAUCCUUGCUAAGCACUCUGGCCUGUACGAGAAGCUCCUUCACAAGCAGGCCAAGCUGGAUGACAUUGAAGCCAUCGAGCGGGAUUUGCACCGAACGUUUCCAGACAAUAUUCAGUUCAAGCCUUCCACGUACGUGGAACCCUCCCCGAGCAGCAGCCGAAACAGCCAGUCAACCAUGACGAGGUCGUCCACCGAUGAUAAUGUGCCAGGCCCAUCAGCUGCGGCAUCCAAUGAGCCCCCCAUCAUCACUUCGCUCCGCCGUGUGCUGCACGCCUUCUCCGUAUACAAUCCGCGCAUCGGCUACUGCCAGAGUCUGAACUUCCUGGCUGGGCUACUGCUGCUCUUUGUGGAGACGGAGGAGCAAUGUUUUUGGCUGCUGAACGUGAUUACCAUCAUAUAUCUGCCCGGGACGCAUGACAUGAGCCUCGAGGGCUCCAAAGUGGACUUGGGCGUGUUGAUGACUGAGCUUCGGGAUAGCAUGCCCUCAGUGUGGGAGAAGAUUGGUGGCGAACUGGAGAAUCUGCCGACGGGCCGCCCUAGCACAAGCAAAUCGGUCCGGAAAGCCAGGCCCAUACUGCGAAGGCGUGAACAGGCUCCAGGCUUGUCGACGGAACGUCUGCCUCCGAUUACGCUCUGCAUGACAGCUUGGUUCAUGAGCUGCUACAUUGGCACAUUACCUAUUGAGACGACGCUGCGGGUAUGGGACGUGUUUUUCUACGAAGGCUCCAAGACGCUUUUCAGGAUUGCAUUGGCGAUUUUCAAAACGGGAGAGCACGAGAUCAAAGCCGUCCACGAUCCGAUGGAGAUGUUUGGGGUUGUGCAGGCUAUACCGCGACGCAUGAUUGACGCCAACGCUCUCAUGGAAGCAUGCUUCAAACGCCGCAAUGGCUUUGGGCACCUUACCCAGGGAGUCAUUGACGAGCGUCGGCAAGAAAGGCGUGACAGGUCCAGACAAGAGCUGGAGCGAAAAUUAUGUUCAGAAAAGACGGACCUCGACGGCAACCCUGCAGAGGCCGAGCCCGGCACAGUGUCACGAAAAGGAACACUUUUCGGCAAGAAGAAGAAGGGCGUCAUCGGCGUCAGACCAGCAGAGGUGUAA